UGAUGUAAACAGAAAAGACGCCUCAUCCGGAUAAGUCACAUACCAUGAAGUCAGACAAUCUGUAUUUCUCUCGGCAACAGUGAUUCAUUUUUGUUUUCCUUGAUAUGUUUUAAAUCAUAGAAACCAGAAGCAAUGGACUUCUACAUCAAUUUGAAGGUGAAUUUCAGGGGGAAUGCGAAGAAUUUUCUUCUGUCAGGUUCCGAGACGAAGAGUUGGGAGUCAAUGGAGGCCAUGGUGAAAAGGUCCUUUGGCCUGUGUAAUCUACAAGUUACUUAUUUUGAUGAGGAGAUUGAGGAGGUAUCCAUAAACAGCCAAAUGGAGUAUGAGGAGGCAUUAAAGAGUGCAUCCAGGCAAGGGAACCGGCUGCACAUGAAUGUGUAUGAGACUAGGGGUCAGCCCACGCGUGUGCCGGCCAAGGCCAGUGGAGGGGAGCCCAAGAGAGGGUUCCGUCCCCCACAGCACUGCCCAACCCUGGCUCAGGUGGUGAGCCGGAAGGUCCAGGCUGCUGUCCCCGAACAGGGCAUGGUGAUCAUGAAAGAACUAAAGGGGACCAAAGAGGAAGAUAAGACACCUCCAGCAUGGUUUACAUCUUACAUGGAGAAGUUCAAAGAUCAAGUAGUGAGGGAGGCAGUAGAGAAGAUCUGUCGGGAGUUCUCGGGCCAGUGCUGCAUUCACAAGCCCAUUGGGGCUGAGGCCCAGAUCCCUGAGGUGACCUCCUCCACCCUGCCUGGGGGUCCUAGUUCCACCCCUGCCUGCAGCAGCUGCCGGGGCCAGACCGCUGGGGGAGGAUACCAGUGCAGUGUGUGUACGUCCUGCACACUGUGUGAGCCCUGCAGCUUCUCCCAUGACCCCAGCCACAACCUGGUGAGAGCCAGAACACCCCUCUCUAUCCCUGAGCACGGCUCACCAGCCCCAGACCACAGCAGGUUCUACCGGCGAGGGGACCGGAGCUUCCGUAAGGCGGAGAAGCAGCGUCUGAAGGCUGAGAAGCGUCAGCUGAAGGCGGAGGUAAAGGAGAUUAGGAAGCAGCUGAAGAUGGAAAGGAGGGGCCUGCAGUGGAGUGCUGCUGGCGAAGGGAGCUCCUCCCCCGUCCUGCUCCAACCCAGGGCCACCCAGGCCAACAGCCCAGAACGUCCCAAGCGACCCUGCCCUCUGGUGGUGCCAGCCAUGACGGCCCUGUUCCUGGAUGAGAACCUGCCUGAUGGGACUCGUCUUCGCCCGGGCACCAAGUUCAUCAAGUACUGGAAGAUGAGGAACACUGGCAGCGUGAGCUGGAGCUCUGAAACCAAGCUGAAGUUCAUGUGGGGGAAUCUGGCGGUGGCGUCCAGUGACCGCUGGCGUGAGGUGGCUGUGCCUUUCCUGCAGCCAGGUCAGGUGGGCGUGGUAAGCGUGGCCCUAUGCGCCCCGGCCCUGGAAGGCUCAUACACCUCCCACUGGCGUCUGGCACACGGUGGGGAGCAGUUUGGCCCUCGUGUCUGGUGCAGCAUUGUGGUGGACCCCCUGGCCCCUGCAGCCGUGAUGGCAGAUGGCGUGCUGGUGUCGCCCUGCGUCACCCCUCAGGGGAAGAACCCCCUCUCCACAGAUAAGGGUGGGAAGUCUGGUACUGCAGCCUCUGGGGACCAAGCACUCAUGUCAGUGGACCAAGACGAAGGAGCAUACUACAUUCCCUCUGUGGACCUGCUCACAGCCCAGGACUUACUCUCCUUUGAGCUGCUGGACAUCAACAUUGUUCAGGAAAUAGAGAGCGUGCCCAACAACACACCGGCAGAUAUGACCCCGUGCAUAUCCCCACUGCCCCAUGACGGUCCCCUGCAGGAGAAGCCCACCCUGGGGUUGAUCCAGGAGGAAGCAGAGGCCCAUCAGGCCCAGGGAGUCAAAAGCAUCCAGCCAUCUCAGGGCCUGGGGCCAGGGGCCGAGGGGGGACGGGUUCCAGCCCAGGAGGAGGGAGAGGAGGAUAUGAGCGGGACUCAGUUUGUGUGUGAGACGGUGAUGCGCUCGCUCACACUGGAGGAGGCCCCAGACCACACACCCCUGCGUGGGAACUGCCCCAGCAAAGUGGUCCGCCCAGCAGCCCAAGGUGGCUCCGCCUCCUCUUCUCUUAAAGGGAAAGGUGUUGAGAAGCGUUUGGAGGCGAGGUUGGAGAAAACCCGGGACAUAUUACCUGUGGCUCCUCUCACAGCCCUAGCACCUCCCCAGAUGGCUAUACCAGAGAUGAUGAUGCCAGAUGAGGGUCUGGAGUCAGACAUCGAGAGUAUCUGCGUGGACGCCAGCGGGGACGAAGAUAAAGGAGAGUUGACAGAGGGGAACAGGGGCCCCCGCAGCCGUUCCUCCUCUGCCUCAUCCGAGGAUUACAUCAUCAUCCUCCCUGACUGCUUCGACACCAGCCGCCCGCUGGGAGAGUCCAUGUACAGCUCCGCCCUCUCCCAGCCUGGCGACGCCCCCGACAAGCCCACAGACCCUGACCACCAGGGCCGUACCACUCCCGAGGGGGAGCACGAUGAAGCAGAAGAGACUGUUUCAGGCUCCAGCAGCGCUAACGAUAUGCUGUGCACCUCCCAGACUUUGGAUGCCGUGCCCCUAACCCCUGUGGUGGUAGCACCCCCUCGGCUCAACUUAGCUCUUACACUGAGCCUAGACGGCAAUGAUCAGACCGAGGCAGCAGCGGAGUCCCUGGACAGGACUGAGGUCUACCAGCCGGGGGAGUCAGAGGAUGGUUCCAAGCAGCCAGAUAGCCAACCAGACAGCCCAUCUGCUUCUGAUGACUCAGAAGACAACUCCGAAGACCCUAGGCACCCAGGCAUCACUGGAGGCCUGGUGAAAGGAGCCCUGUCUGUCGCAGCAUCCGCCUACAAGGCUCUGUUCACUGGGCAGCCUGGCCCAGUGCAGCCCCCAGUGGAUGGAGCCACCCAGGACACCAUGAUGGGGGUGCUGGUGGAGAUGGGCUUUGGUGACCGGCCGCUCAACCAGCGGCUGCUGAAGAAACACAACUACAACCUGCUGGACGUGGUCAACGAACUGGUCCAGAUGACCGACAAUGACUGGUACUCGACCCGCUACUGAGGAGAGAGGGAGGAGGAGGAGAAAGAGGAGCGGGGGUGGCGUCAUGGGUUUAACCUCUGAUGCCUUGACCUCUUGUCUCUUCUUCCUCUCUUAGAUUUGGCCCAAGUUGACAGGAGGUAUCCUGAUUUAUGACCUAGAGACAUUCCCACGGACUUUGGGAUAUUUAGACUAUCAAAUAGCUACUGUAUGUAUGUAUGUAUGUAUGUAUGUAUGUAUGUAAUGUAUGUAUGUAGAUUCAUUUAACAUGGCCAUUUCUGGCUGUUGGCUUUUGCAUAGAAAAGGAGGAGACAGAAGCGGGUGGAUGAGGUGGGCUACUCUUUCCAGGAGAACACCUUCAUUGUUGUGGUAACAAAUGGAAAACAUAUCACAAGUUGCUAUCGCCAAGCCAUUCCUGUUAAACAGUAUACUCACCCUUGAAAUCAUAGAUUGGAAUACAGGCUGAAUAUGCAGCCAUAGACCAGGUAUAUUCAACAAGAGUUACAGGAAAAGGUGUGAGCUUAGCUGAAGGGGUGUUGGGUGUAAUAUUUAUCACAGAGAGACAGAACCAUAUAGGAUUUACUUCUAUAAGCUGUGGCAAUAGUCAACAUUGUAUGACGUUAAUCAACUUCAUAGAGUGUUUGAAUAGUGGACACGUCAGGGUCCUCGUUCCAAGUGUGAAUGACUGUCAGUGUUGGAGAACGCUAUGCUUCGUUCAGAUCACAGCAAUUAAAAACACACACAAACACUCACCCCCACAUGCUUAAACCUUUCUCAGCUUAACUGUUCAAAGUAUCAGCGUACUGUAGACACAGUGCGUGUCUUAUUGAUUGAAGAUAAUCAUUCCCCUACUUUCUGUGAUGUCGUGCCAUGGCUGACAACAUGCUAUGGAUAUUUGUGCGUAAUGGUGUACACAUUAAGUAUUUUUGAAAUGAGGACCAUUACAUUGAUGCACUCCAUUUAAUUCCAUUUUGAGAGGGUAUAUUAAUCACCAUUCUUAACUAGGAGUAUAUUUGGGUUUAAAAAGAAAAAUCAUGUAAAUAUAAUAUACAAAUGAUUUCUUUUGUUGCACAUGGAAUAAAUAAAUAUUGAUGCAAACCCAAAAGACUAGCUGCUCAAGAAGUGAAGGAUGUUAGAAUUUUUAAUGUCCUGUUGAAGGGAUUUUAUCAAGAAAUGAAUUAACCUCCUUUACAAAAUGUCUUGUAUCUGCUCAAUAUUGUCCUCAGAGGGAGGGGGUUCUUUUCAGAACCAUUCGGGGGGCCUGGUGAUCAUGAUAUAUCAAAAGCAUUGACUCGUUCCACUUGGUAUCACUUUUUAAAAAAAAUGUACAUCAAGUUCUUUCAGAACUUAAACUGAAAUCAAGCAUUAUGUAACUAGUUUGAAAUGCUUAUUAUUUUCCAAUAAGGAAAUGCUAACGUGUUUCAGGUGAUCCUCGGAGGUAAUUGUUAUUAAAUAUUUUUUGUUUUAGA